AUGUUGCACUAUGCAACUCUCCUCUCGCCGUUUGAUGAUUUGGGUCUGGUUGAUUCAAUGUGGGUCAUGGGUUGCACGGCCCGGGUGUGGCUACAGGCCGAGAUGGACGAGGAGAGCAAGCUGAGAUUCGCGGCCGACAACAAUUCCGAAAUCACCAGGGGCUUUUACUCCUGCCUGGUUUCAGUGCUUGACUAUGCGUUGCCGGAUGAGGUGUUACGGGUCAAGACCGACGUCUUGUUGUCACUCAAUAUUUCCUUAGGAAACGACCAAACCGUGUUCAUUAUUUUAUUCAACAAGAACAAGGAUGAAACCAGGAAUCGGUCCCAGCCGAAGGAGGCGGAGCCCGUCGCCUUGUCUUGCAUGUCAGAGUUUUAG